AUGGUCCCAAGUUGUAGAGUUGUAUAUCGCCGGCAAAGACAAUUGGGAUAUAUUAAUGGUGAUCUUCCACAACCUCCUUUGACCGCUCCAACGUUUCCUCGCUGGCGCACCGAGAACUCUAUUGUAAAGGGAUGGCUCAUCAAUUUUCUAGAGCAGAGCUUGAUUGGCAAUUUCAUUCGUUUUUCGACGGUAAAAGCAGUGUGGGAUGCAAUUGCCACAACUUACAAUGAUGGCACUGACACCUCUCAGGUUUAUGAUCUGAAACGACGAGUCUCCCGUAUGCGACAAGCUGGCAGCUCUAUUGAAACCUAUUACAAUACUCUCCAAAGCUUAUGGAGAGAAAUUGAUUUCCGUCGUCCAAAUAUGAUGGAGUAUGAAAAUGAUAUCAAGCGGUAUAAUGAUAUUCUACAAGAAGAUCGAGUUUACAUAUUUUUGGAUGGCCUUGAUGAUCGUCUUGAUAAGGCCCGAAGUGAUGUUCUUCACAUGACUCCAUUCCCUACUGUGGACCAAGCUUAUGCCUAUGUUCGCCGUGAAGAUGUUCGACAAGCAGUGAUGAUGGGUUCAUCUGCACCCACUGGCGCUGGCUUAGCGGCGAAGAGUGCGCCUCGAUCAGGUCCCCUUACUCGUGCCGGACAGCCCCAUAAUUCCUCUACUCCAGCCCACCUUCAGAUCCAAUCAUAUGCUACUGCUGCUGGUGCGCCACCUCCUAAAACUAUCCCACCUUCCCGUCCCAAGGCUCCGACUGAUGGAAGUGGCUGCACGCACUGUGGUAAUCCCAAACAUACCCGUGACACCUGUUUUAAGCUGAAUGGUUAUCCUGAUUGGUGGGAGGACCUCUGCGCUCGCAAGCUCAGAGAAACUGCUAGUAAUUCCGGCCGUGUUGCUCUUGUCUCUACCGAACCCCAAUUAGCCUUGUUCUCGCAGGUAGACCCUACUGAUAGUCCUGCGCUUCCGGAUGUCUCAGGUAAUUGCGGUUAUGCAUUUCAUACUUCUGAUAUACGAGAUACUACUGGUUGGAUAAUUGAUUAUGGCGCCACUGAUCAUAUGACCUUUGAUCCGAAUGAUUUUUUGCACACCACUACACCUCGCCGCACAAGUAUUGCCAAUGCAAAUGGAGUUACCUAUCCUGUAACAGAGGCCGGCACUGUCGCCCUUUCAUCUUCUCUGUCCCUUUCUAAUACUCUCCUCGUUCCAUCUUUGUCCAAUAAAUUACUGUCUGUGAGCCAGGCAACUGAACAACUCAAUUGUUGUGCACUAAUUUAUCCAAAUUUUUGUUUGCUACAAGAUAUUCUCACCAAGGAGAUCAUUGGGCAUGGUACUAAAAGAGGGGGGUUGUACUAUGUGGAGGACUUCAGUAUGGGACGUGCCAAUAGUCUAAAGCAUCCGUCUGAUGAUAAGCACAGACAGAUUUGGCUCUGGCACCGACGUUUGGGGCAUCCAUCUUUUGGUUAUAUGAGACACUUAUUGCCCGAGUUGUUUUCUGUAUUUAAAGACUCAGAUUUUAAAUGUGACACUUGCAUUUUAGCCAAGAGUCACAGAGCAUCCUAUCCUUUAAGUAUGAAUAAAAGUAAUAUUCCUUUUGCUUUAAUUCAUUCUGAUGUUUGGGGACCCUCACCUAUUUCUACUCAUUCCGGUAUUCAUUGGUUUGUCACAUUCGUAGAUGAUUGUACACGGAUGACAUGGCUUUAUUUGAUGAAAAAUAAGAAUGAAGUGUUUUCCAUGUUUCCAUCCUUUCACAAACAGAUGGAAACACAGUUCAAUGCUCGAAUACAGAUUCUUCGCUCUGACAACGGUGGAGAAUUUGUCAAUCAUGAUUUUCAGACUUACUUCCAGACACAUGGCAUUAUUCAUGAGACAACUUGUCCCCAGACACCACAAAAAAAUGGUGUUGCCGAACGGAAGAAUCAUCAUCUCCUUGAAACUACUCGUGCUCUUCUCAUUGGUGGCCAUGUUCCUCGUCAUCACUGGGAUGAUGUUGUCAUCACUGCUGUCCACCUUAUCAACCGCAUGCCAUCUAGGGUCUUGAACUUCAAAACUCCAUUACAAGUGUUGGUGCAACAUGGGCCUCUACCCUCUGUUUCGGUGCUUACCCCUCGCAUUUUUGGCUGUGUGGCCUUCGUUCAUCUCCACAAAAAUCAACGAAGCAAACUUGAUCCAUGUACGCUUCGUUGUGUGUUUUUGGGUUAUGCCACUCAUCAGAAAGGCUACCGAUGUUAUCACCCUCAUACCCGGAGAACCUAUGUCACUUUGGAUGUCACUUUUCUAAAAUCGAAGAUGUUUUUCUAUGACCCAGCAUCCAAUUCUACUCUUCAGGGGGAGAUACCAAGUGAAGAGCUCAAUUGGAGCAGCUUGGAAAACGAAGAUAUUCAUCUAUGCACAAAGAUUGCUCUCGGCCAAGAAACAAUAACAAUCGAUCGUCCCGAGUCUGGCACGUGCGAAUGCCCUCUGCCAAACAACGAUCAAUCGCCUACCCCUUGCAAAGCUGUUUUUGAUUCGAGUCAUAAUCCUACAGAUAACUCAGAACAACAAGAUGAAGACCCCCCCUCUCACUCAACAGUACCAACGGACCAAUCUCCUGAGAAUAUCUUUGAGGUAAAUACUCCUACUAGACUUGUGCAUUUAGAGGAUAAAACUAUUAGAUAUCAAUUACCUUUCAGGCAAAAUCGUGGGAAGCCACCAAACCGUUAUUCACCUGAUAUUGACAAGGCAUCCAAGUAUCCAAUUGCAAAUCAUGUAUCCACUGAGAAGCUGUCUGAACCACUCAAGGCUUUUGUGCAUCAGUUGUCUGCUAUCCAGAUUCCAACCAAGGUCUCCGAAGCAUUGAAAGAUCCUAAGUGGGUCCAAGCUAUAAAAGAGGAGAUGAAAGCUCUUGAGAAAAAUCAGUCUUGGACAUUACAGACUAUACCACGAGGAAAAAAGACUAUCGAAUGUAGGUGGGUGUUUACCAUAAAACACAAUGCAGAUGGAUCUAUCGAGCGAUACAGGGCAAGACUUGUGGCAAAAGGGUACACACAGACCUAUGGUAUAGACUAUGAAGAAACCUUUGCACCAGUUGCAAAGUUAAAUACCGUCAAAGUCUUAUUGUCCCUUACAGCUAAUUUGGAUUGGCCACUACACUAG